UUAACCGAAAAGUGGACGCUAUACGCACCUCAACUGAUUUUACCGAGUCAAGGAAGAUGUACAAAAUGGUUUGUGGCAAUCCUGUGGCAUUCAGGUUUUGCUGAUCAUCGCUGUCCAGCAACAUCACGGCGACCAGUGUUUAGUUCUGGUUUAGGUGUUUGGUUUGGAGGUGUGAGUCUGAGAACACCAGAACGCCAGUGUACGCAAUUCAGUCAAAAUGGCACGCGGGAGUAGUGCUGGGUUUGAUAGACAUAUUACUAUAUUUUCGCCGGAAGGCCGUUUGUACCAAGUUGAGUAUGCAUUUAAAGCUAUCAACCAAGGUGGAUUAACAUCUGUUGCUUUGAAAGGAGCUGAUUCAGCUGUUGUUGCUACACAGAAAAAAGUUCCAGACAAGCUGCUUGAUGCAUCAACUGUUACUCAUCUUUUCAAGUUAACUGAAAGUAUAGGAUGUGUUAUGACUGGGAUGAUAGCUGACAGCAAGUCUCAGGUGCAGAGAGCUCGUUAUGAAGCAGCAAGUUUUAGAUACAAACAUGGUUAUGACAUACCAGUUGACAUGCUCUGUCGGCGAAUUGCUGAUAUUUCUCAAGUUUACACUCAGAAUGCAGAGAUGAGACCUCUUGGGUGCAGUAUGGUAUUGGUUGCAUAUGAUAACGAGCGUGGGCCACGAGUUUAUAAGGCAGAUCCUGCAGGAUAUUUUUGUGGAUAUCGAGCAAUUGGAGUUGGCUCUAAACAGACAGAAGCAAACAGUUAUCUAGAAAAGAAACUCAAGAAGAAACAAGAUUACAGUGCAGAAGAAGCUAUUCAGUUGGCUAUUACUUGCUUGUCAACGGUGCUUUGCGUUGACUUCAAGCCUUCAGAAAUAGAAGUUGGUGUUGUCACUAAAGAUAAUCCGAAGUUCAGAAUUUUGACAGAGCAAGAGGUUGACAGACAUCUUACUGCAAUUGCUGAAAAAGACUAAAUUUAAAGUUUUGAUUUUUGUUUAUGAAAAUACCAAUGUAAGUUUCUUGGAUUUAUUAAAAAGUAAUGAUACAUCUUACACAUAAAAAUUUGUUGCUUUAUAUACCCAUUCAUACAAU